GAAGACAUUAGUUAUAUGGAUUGAACGUUGCGAGGCAGAAUAAAUGUCGGUCUUCUAUUUUACCAUGUUUUACAUGGAAAUCUACGCCAACGUAUCAACAGGCGAGUCCAGUGACCAGAUUGUGUCAUUCACGCUUUUAACCAGAUAUGAUUCUUUCCGAAUUUUUGGCCUAAAUACAGAAUAAGACAAGUCGAUACGGACAUUAUAUUCACAACCUACUUAUCUCGCGAGGAUUCUGCGGUAACUGGUCAAGUCAUGAAUCAAGCUUGGCGCUGAUCAUGAUGAUCGACGUGUUGACCAUUUGAACAACCUCUGACUGAGGCAGAACUGUUGUUUUCUUCACGAUAUUCCUUCCGACACCACUCUGCGAUUUGUGUUAUAAGUAUAAAGUAUAAUGCCCACUGCAGAGAGAACGACCGAGGACCUUGGCGACGAAAGUGACCUAUAUCGCGUUCUUUGGUUCCUUUAUUCUAUCAUCGGUAGCUACCUCUGGCUGCUACCAAUCUGUCUGGGCGUGCCCGGCAACAUCAUAUCAAUCUUCGUUGCAAACAGGAGGCAGAACCGGAGACUGUCCCCCUGCAUCUACAUGAGCGCUAUGGCCAUUACGGACACCUUGCUUCUAUUGCAGCUUGGCUGGUACUACCCCUUCACGAGUUGGGAGCUGGGAGCGCGCGUUUCUUUACAAAGAGAAUUUAUUUUCAAGUUUGUCUGGUUCAUGGUGUUCAACUGCGGGAUGUUGUCAGGCCUUUUCCUCGCUGAGAUGAGCAUUGAUCGGCUCAUAGCUGUCCGGUUCCCGAUGACCGCUCCCAGUAUCUGCACGACCUCCCGAGCAAAGAAGACCGUUGUCAUAUCGGCUAUGAUCAUCACUGUCCUCAACUCACAUAUAUUCUUCGUCUAUAGUUAUGUGAAGGACCAGAAUACAGGUGUGGAGGUGCUGCUGGUCACUGCUGCCAAUCCCGUCAUAGAAAUCCUUGCAUCCGGGUUCCAAAUGGUCAUCGGAUCCUUUCUGCCCUUUCUGGUCAUCUUUGGGAGUAAUGUAGUCAUCAUAAUCACAGUCAAAACGGCCGCCAGGAAAAGAUUAAAGAUGGAGGCCAGUCAAUGUCAGGAGAAGCGGAAUGAAACACAAUACCUCACGCGCAUGCUCAUAUUUGUUAGCAUCGCGUACGUCGUGACGUCAAUGCCAUUCAGAAUGUAUUAUCUUAUCAUUGAUGUACCCGAAAUCCAUGACAUGUACAAUAUGGAUGUCCCUUAUUGGAAUAUUUGUUACAACGUUGAAGAAUCUUUCUUCUUUUUGAUUUGGUUGUUUAAUUUUGCCAUCAACUUCUAUUUGUACUGUGUUGGUGGCGGGCAAAAGUACAGAAACGACACGGUGAAAGUUAUUACGAGUAUCAGGACUCUGUGGAAGCGCAAAGGACAUUAUCAAUGAUUGAUAAAUAUUCAGUAUCAUUCCUCCUUUUCCAAACCUAUCCUCCUUCUCUUACUCAUGAAAUGGCCCGUAACGUCGUGUAUUUCCACAGCCAAAACUUUGAUGAAGAUCAGCAAGAAUUAAGGGGACAAGGGACGAAAAGUGGGGCGUAUACAGCAAGCACCAAAGAUUCUUGUGAAACCAGAACCAUGUUUUCGUAUGUGGCAUCCUCACAUGGUUUAC